CUCCCCCAUUGUCUCCAGUGAGUGUCCCAGCCAAGGCUUCUUUUGUGAACUUAGAUUCCUGGGUGCAAGAUAACCUCAUUAGUACUCGGAAACCGCCCUAUCUCCAAGGAACAGGCAGACAGACAAGCUGGGGACCAGGGACAAGGCGGCCAUUCUUUGGGUCCAACCUGGAAACGGCUCCCCUGUAAGAUGCUAAUCUUAGACAUGCCUUUGUCUGGUUUAAAGUGGACGCAUGUACUCAUGUCUACCCCUCCACACACACGCACACCUCAGAGCACUAUAAACCCCUGUCCCCUGGAAGCAAGCCACAGAAGACGACGGCCUCAGACUUCUUGGGUAUUUGGACCACUGCACUGAAGAUAGCAUCUCUCCAUCUUUUCCUGAGCUCCAGACAUCAUGAACCUUCCUUCUACAAAGGUUCCCUGGGCCUCCGUGACGCUGCUGCUGCUGCUACUGCUGCCCCCAGCGCUGUUGUCCCUUGGGGUGGACGCACAGCCUCUGCCCGACUGCUGUCGCCAGAAAACGUGUUCCUGCCGUCUCUACGAACUCUUGCAUGGAGCUGGCAACCACGCUGCGGGCAUCCUGACUCUGGGAAAGCGGCGGGCUGGACCCCCAGGCCUCCAGGGACGGCUGCAGCGCCUCCUCCAGGCCAACGGUAACCACGCAGCUGGCAUCCUGACCAUGGGCCGCCGCGCAGGCGCAGAGCUAGAGCCACAUCCCUGCCCUGGUCGCCGCUGUCCGACCUUAACCGCCACCGCUUUAGCGCCCCGGGGCGGAUCCGGAGUCUGAACUCGUCUUCUAUCCUUGUCCUAGUCCAAACUUCCCCCUCUGCUCGCCAGUGUCAGUGUCUAGGUAAAUGGCAAUAAAGACGAUUCUCUGUUGGUGUGACUAA